AUGUUUGUCCUUGGCACGACUUUUGUUGCUUGCUGCGUAGAACAUGGCCAUAGCACAUCACAACUCCAUUGUGUAUGCGGUGACGAGAGUCAUAAGAGCGCUUAUGAGUAUCUGUCAGGCUCUUUGCUCAAAAUUUAUGGACAAGGGCAAGUACAGUAUAAAAUGAGCAUUACAAACAAUGAUGACGAUGUGUGUGACUGGCAAAUUGCUGAUCCUCUCUUGAAUUACAACAUGCAUGAGACGUUCUCGGAAUUCAUAACGUCACAUCAAUGGCUUCAUCUGUUGCUCGGAAUGAUUGGAGAUCAGAGAUAUGGUGCUGCCAAGUUUACGGCAACAGCACCCCCCGAACCAUCAAGGCAUUCACCAGACGAAUCUUCUCGAAGAUCACCUCAGACACGGCUCUCGUAA